GUAGAAGAAAGCCGCUCCUUAUAAAUGUGGCAAUUCAUGUUGUCGAAGAGCACGGGAGCUUUUUACAGCUGCGGGGGAAACGAAAUUAAAGUUCUGAGAGGUGGGAGAUGUGAGGAGUCGGGACACCUGGCUCGUGCGUAAAAUGGAUACUGUUGCGACGCGCUGAGGGACUGCUGUCAGAGUGCUUCACCACAGAAGAAGAACAAGAAGACCGCGCAUUAACACGCGUUAAUGUGCAACAUUUAUUUAUUUGAAUUUAAACCGCCGCAAGUGUCCACACCACCUGUUGUAGCUCAGUUUCCUCCCUCCAGUCAAAGAUGACCGAGAGGGCCCCGUGGUGGAAGGCAUUUCUUCCAAAGAGGAAGAGUGCUGGUGCCUCCAAGGAAGCGGGUUCACCCAACACCCUUGACCCAGACUUUGACCCCUUUGCACAGCAUCCAGAGAAGCACAGAGAGCCGUCCAAGACCGCCACUGACCAGACCCAGUCUCCACAGGACUCCGGCAAGAACUCCAGCCUCCACAGCGACGACACCUACGACGACUCCCACCUGGAGUCCGUCUUCAACGAGCAGUCGUGUCGCCGGAACAUGAAAGUUUCGCGCUCGGGCAGGUUCAAAGAGAAGAGGAGGGUGCGCUCGAGCCUUCCCAUUCAAGAGAGAGAGACAGAGGGCAUGGCGUCGGGCAGAGAGGACAAACGGUGAUGGAGGAGGACAAUGACAGAGACUACUUUUACAAAGAUGCUUGAAGAGGACGGAGGAGUGAAUUGAGUACGUGAACAUGCUUGAAGCACUCGAGGCACCCCAGCAGGUCUGUUAUGGUGACGAUGAUGGAGGUGACCAGGAGCAUUCAACUUUAAAACAAAAUACAUACUACAGGAGUAAGGUCUAUAUUGUAAAAGUAAUAUUGAAGAAUUGACCAUGACCCAUGUGCCAGAGGAACAAGACACAUAAAAAUGCAUUCUUAUUUGUUUACAAUGGUGACUAAACCAUUUUGCCAACAUUGUCCCAUAGACCCUCAGUGAAAAUGCAGCGAGCACUUACAAACUUAGCUCAGGUCCUGCUCAGUGAAUCCGUUUAUUCAUUGGAGAACUCAUAAAAUCGCCUGCAAACUUUAACAAGCGCAGUCACGGCACAUUUGGAUCAACACAAAAGAUAAAUGUGCUCCAAACAAACGUUGUUUAAUGUGAGAUGUUUACAUUUUUAUUUUGCCAUAAUAAGAAUAAGAAUAAUAUAUGUUUGAUAAUGAAGGAUAAAUGCUCCCUUUUACAGUGCUUUUACAAAUCAUGUUGAUUCUAAAGGGUGAGAAGGAUCGUUAUGAAGGUGUAAAUGAUUAUUUUUGUGUGUUUUUUUUGUUUUUUGCCGUAAUGUGUCAGAAGAUGAGAGAGAUGCUUGUGUGCAGCUAUAAGUCACACGUACACUUGCCAGCAAAAUGCAUCAAAUAUUUUUAAUGAAGGAUGAAACCUGGCGUGUUUUUAUAUAACACACCGGGACCCAAACAAAAGCUAUUCAAGUAUGAAGUGAUGAUGUGUACAACUGAAGCAGAAACGGCUAUGUGGCUAUAGAAGUAUGAUCCAGCCUCUCAUUUAGUUUGCUUUACAGUACUACUGUAUUUUUUUUGGAAUAAAUCUGGUAACUCCUACAA